UGCAAGUCUUAAAACAGACGAGGUGUGAGAGUGUGUGUUUUCUAAUCUUUUAAAGUGUGCAGGUUGUCACAGGACUUUUGAACAGCAUAACAUCAGUGGAACAUUUACUGCGUUUCUGACUAAGCACCACCUUCACCAGUCAGCAUAUUAAAACAAAGGUUUGUCUCCUGCCUCGUCACUUUUUAAAGUUUGAAUGUGCUUUGCGUUUCAGUGUGCGGCUCCUCUGGCUGAAUCGUCUCUUGUGGGCUAACAGCAGAGUGUCAGUAUGGCUGAAGCACCUGAUGUGCAGCCUGUGAAGCGCAGCAGCAGCUUUGAAUUCCUACCACCAACCUUCUCUGAGCUGCGGGUUGUUCUGCUGGGGAACAGCUGGUCUCAGAGGAGCUCAGUGGGGAACUUCAUACUGAGAAGGACCGUGUUCAACACUGAGGAAGAACCAGACUGCUGUCUGACCAUCAGAGGACAGCUGAAAGAGAAAGGAAUCGUCCUCAUCAACACCCCAGAUCUGCUGCAUCCCAACAUCUCUGAGAACAAACUGACAGAACAUGUGAACAAGUGUGUGAGUCUCUCUGAUCCUGGACCUCAUGUGUUCCUGCUGGUUCUCCAGCCUGAGGACUUCACUGAGGAACACAAACUGAAGCUCUGCAGAGUCCUUCAGCUCUUCAGUGGUCGAUCAUUUGAUCAUUCACUGGUUCUGAUGUCAACACCCAGAGAUGAGAGUCCAGGUUUCAUGGAAGAAUAUCAUCUGCAUCCACCCUUCAAAGACCUGAUCAGAAGAUGUCAGUACAGGUUCUUGUGGCAGAAGAUUAUUGAACUUCCAGAGCUGUUAACACGCUUUGAUCAAAUCGUAAAGGAGAACGAUGGUGAACAUGUCAGCUGUGAUGUGUUUGAUGAUGAGGAUGAAGGUUUACUCAUGUCUCCACAGUCUGUGUCUGACCCAGUCAAACCAGCUUUAAACCUGGUUCUGUGUGGGAAGAGAGGAGCAGGGAAGACUUCAGCAGCCAAAGCCGUUUUCCUUCAGACAGACUCUGAUUCAGUCUCCACCUCAUCACGGUGUGUUAGACAUCAGGGAGAGGUGUGUGGACGUCAGCUUUCCCUGGUGGAGCUGCCGGCCUUGUAUGGAAAACCUCAGGAGGAAGUGAUGGAGGAAUCGUUCAGGUGCAUGUCCCUCUGUGAUCCUGAGGGCGUCCAUGCCUUCAUCCUGGUCCUACCUGUGGGUCCCCUCACUGAAGAAGACAGAGGAGAGUUCAAGACCAUCCAGAACACAUUCGGCUCUGGAGUGGAUGACUUCACCCUGAUUCUGUUCACUGUGGACUCAGAUCCUACAGCUCCAGCUGUUGUUAACUUUGUAAAGGAAGACAAGGACAUCCAGGAGCUCCGUCAGAGCUGUGGAGGAAGACAUGUUGUUCUGAACAUCCAGGACAAGCAGCAGAUCCCAGAGCUGCUGGAUGAAGUGGGAAGAAUGAGAGCUGAAGGAUCCAAAUGCUUCACAAAGGACAUGUUCACCAGGACUCAGAUGGAGAAGGUUGUAGUGCAGAUGAACACUAAUGUAAGACUUGUAGCUGAACUGCAGAAUGAACAAAAUAAGAGACUGGAGUUAAUGAAUGUGAGAACAGAGAGAGUCUGA